AUGAAAAGGACCCUUUGCCGUAAAUACAAGCAGGCAAAAAAUUGCAUCGCCGAAAGUAAAAAGGCUUUCGACAGACUCGAUGAAGCAGCACCCACUAAUUUGAAGACAGAAUGGUUGGCCAAUGAGAGGAUCGCUCAAUCCAGCAGAAUAAAUGAUCCUGCGGCAAUGGAUGUUUAUGAGAUAAAUAUCAAGAAGGCACCGAGAAAAAAGGAGAUCAAACUUAGACUGCUAGAGCAGGGUAAUGCCCAUAAUGCAGCACCAUCUCAGAGAUCUGUGGCAACAUGGAUAUCUAUGGGGUUGGCAAUCAAGGAGGCUCAAAUUGCAUUGCUCAUUGAGGUCCGAAGAAUCGGAAAACGAACUAUGGAGACACAGAGAUUAGACCUUGCCCGGCAAUGA